CCUCCCAUCAGUAAGGGGCAGAUCCCGGGGCGGAAGCCGCUCUCCCCUCCCUCACUCGUCUCCUCCUCGCAGUUCCCGGCAGCGGAGGAGCCCCGAGCACAGGAUACGCGAGAGCCGCAAACUGCGUGCCCUGACACUUUGGGCGGGAGAACGCGUUUCAAGAAGGCAGACACGGAGAGGGCGCGAUACACCCAGGCCGGCGGCGGAGCGGAGAGACUAAAGCAUCCGUGCGCUGGAAAACGGAAGCUGCGGUCACAUAGGGAGGCGAGUCGUAGGUGAGGACACACGGUUUGAUUCCAUCUAGAGUCUACAUGAUACUGUUCCAUCUUGUUCAAAUUACAGUGUUAACGAAUUUGGAUAUUAUCAUUCACCAAAACAUAAAAGAAAAAAGGGUACGUUUUCUCUGCUUCCAUCAUGUCUAACCCACUAAAGCAAGUGUUCAACAAGGACAGGACCUUCCGUCCAAAACGGAAAUUUGAGCCUGGUACACAGCGCUUUGAACUGCAUAAGAAAGCUCAAGCAUCCCUCAAUGCUGGACUUGAUUUAAAGGUGGCUGUCCAGCUGCCACACGGGGAGGACCAGAAUGAUUGGGUGGCAGUCCAUGUAGUUGACUUCUUUAACCGCAUCAAUCUGAUCUAUGGUACAAUCAGUGAUAGUUGCACAGAGCAAUCUUGUCCUGUCAUGUCUGGUGGUCCAAAGUAUGAAUACAGAUGGCAAGACGAUAACCGGUACCGAAAACCCACUGCUCUGUCUGCUCCGAAAUACAUGAAUCUUCUGAUGGACUGGAUAGAAGUUCAAAUAAACAACGAAGGAAUAUUCCCUACAAAUGUUGGUACCCCCUUCCCAAAGAACUUCCUGCAGGUAGUGAAAAAGAUUCUAUCCAGGCUGUUCCGGGUAUUUGUCCAUGUCUACAUUCACCAUUUUGACAGAAUCAUCCAGAUGGGAGCAGAGGCUCACGUGAACACCUGCUACAAGCAUUUUUAUUACUUUGUCACAGAAUUUAAUCUUAUUGACACAAAGGAACUUGAGCCAUUGAAAGAAAUGACAUCGAAGAUGUGCCACUGAGGUGGGAUGUCCUUCCUCUCACUUAAUGUUUGCCUGUGGAGCCUGUCGGUCAACUGCUGAAUGUGUACCUGCCUGAUGCCAGGAAGGUCACAUGGGAUAAGACACUUUGCGGUUUUUUCAUAAGCAUAGAUGUUUUAUUUUUAAAAUGUAUUUUUCGAAUAGCUAGCACUUCAUCCAAGCUGUGAUACUUCUAGAAAAAACUUUUUUUUUUUCUAUACUGUUUACAAAAAUGUAUCGGUUUCUAAAUAUAUUUUUGUAACUUGGUAACCCCCAUUGGUCUACUCUUCUAUUUAGAGUAUACUUUGCUUUACACUUAUAUUCAUCCUUUUGAAAUACUGUUUAAUUCCUCUUUCUUGUAUCUUUUAUCUGGCACCUGAAUUCCAGAAGUACUUCUUUCCAGUUCACUAUGGUACAUUCAUUAUAAUACAGCCAGUGUUUGUGUUGGCAAAGAGGGUUAAUGCACUGAAGAGCAACUUUACUCCUUUAUUCGUGAGGUGGAAUGUUUUAAUCCCACCGACUUCACCAUGGCUUGCGAAGUUCCAACGCCACCUAGUUCUUCCUGUGAGACGAACCCGUUAAAAAAAUGAAUGUUUAAACUUAUGAGAUUCAGUUUAAAGAGGUCUUAGAUAUUUGUGUAGGAUUGGAGGAAUGGCGUCGGAUAUUAUAAAAAAAAAAAACUGAUUGUAUGCUCUGCAAUUCAUUUUAUACCAUCAUCGGAUGUUCACUAGAGAGUGGCCGUGGCAGCUCUGCAUAUAAGUUUGCUGCAGCAUUUAACAAGCACCUUAAGCUUUGUUCCUAGUCAUUUAGCACUGUACAUCCAAGUGACCUGAGAGCUUCAUGUAGGCUUUUCGUGCUGUUGUCACGGAAACCACACAUACAUGGCUUCAUCUCUGACUGCUCCCUCCUUCCUCUUUUUUCCUAGUUUGUGAUUGGAGGCACAUUCCUCUGGAUGGUUAGCUAAUAUGAGGUUUUGUAGGAUUCUUUAGUCAUCUUUACUGUCUUGCGGUGUUUAUGGCAGAUUAAAACUGCUUGUCAUGGAUCUCGGUUGUUUUAUUUUUAAAGCUGUUGUACAGAAACUAAACAAAAUACUAUUUAAAAGCAUCCCGAAGAGCGGUACGCCAUUUUGCAUUGCUUUUUAUUCAUGUGUCCGAAUUCUUACAAAAAUAGCUUGUACUUUUAAGGUCCUCGUGAAAGCUUGUAGGAGCAGUGAGAAACGAUCACCAGCAGCGUGGGAAUCCUUAGCUGAGAGAGUACCAGGCACUCCACAAUGUCACGCGAAUAACUUCCUUAAGUAUCCCAUCUCUGAAAUAACAUCCUUCCUAUCCUUUUAUUUAAAAAAUCAGUUAAAGAAAAGGGUGCUGACGACUAUUCCCUUAGAUUUCAUUGGGACAAUUAUACAUUUAUACUAAUUUGUGGAAACAGCAAAACAUUCUUGUGUUUAGAUACUUUAUCUGUGAUUCAUAAAUGCUAGCGCAUAGAUUGAAAAAAAAUGCAUUUUCAAACGCAGAGCAUCAUUCCUUCCGAUCCCUUAAAAACCUAACGAUGUGCAAUCCCUGUAACUACAGAACUGUUGUAAUGCAUUGAAAGUUAUUACAUUAUAUUAAAGCGAUUUGCCUUUAAUGGAACGUGGUUUAGCUCAAAUGAGUUACUUUUUAAAUCACGUGCUUGCAAAUACAGUACAUUUUAUUGAUGUCAUACUAGCAUUUCCUGGUCUUCUCACUUCAUUUGUUGUGGCCUACAAAUGUAUAUAAGAUGUCUAUAGUCUUGAAUUAACUUGUGUAUAUAUAGCUUGGAGAGCUAGUAAACAAUAACAUUUAGUCCAAGAAUAUAUGCAGGCAAAAUGCUUCCAAAUCAAGUGCUGGGGAGCAUACAAAUGUGUUUGAACACCCGAUCUGUAACUCUCCACCAGCUAAGGGUCUCCAACUACCAGAGCUUGGCCACAAUCCACACCGGAAAGCUACCUAUAGGCAGCUGGUAUGUUUAAUCACGUUCAUAUUAUAUACACAUUCCCACGGACGUAAAUCACACCACUGGCUUAGGCACGGUUAUUACUUCAUUGCACUCUUAAUUAAAACCACUAAUCCCAUGCCUUUGUUUUUGAAGUGUAGCACAAAAUGUUUACAUAAUAAAUGUAAAAAAUGUAUGUAUGAAAUGAUUCACUGUAUGAGAAGUUCAUGCACAAUUAAUAGACUUAUGAAUAGUUGUGUAAAAUAGCUACAUCAUUCCCACUUUUUAUGCCCGUUAGAAAGCUUGUUUAAUUUAUUUUUGUAUUUUGUCCUUCUUAUCUUAAUAUACUUCAUGCAAAAUAUAUAUAUUUCUAUUUUCAUACAUAGAGAAAAUAAUUCAAGUGCCUAUAUUUUGUUUUCCUAGUCACAUUUCUAAACUCGCAUUGAAUGUCAUUGUUUACCUGCCUGGCUCACCUUUUUGUAUGGAGAGUGUGUGUGUGUACCAUGCACAAUAUGAUACAAUAAAACAUCUUUUUCUGA